UCAAUCGUCCGGCCCUCUGCGGAGACGACAUGAGCGAACCAAUGAGGCGAUGGCUGGCCCUGUUUACCACUUGGGCGUGGAGCUUUUCAAACAAGCUAACUACUUUAUGGUUGGACCUUUCGCCCAUGGCUGCCUCGUUCAUGUGCUUUUAUUGCUGUCACUAGCUAAUGAUCAUCCAGCGUUCGGCCUUUUACGCAUCGAUGACUACUGACGCCGAGCGGCUGAAUGUUUGGGUCAGAAUUCGAAGCACAAUAAUCAUUGCGGUAGGAGUGGAAAUCAAAUGUUUGUAGUUUUAGGUCUAAAAAGUGAAAUCCACUAGAGUCGCCAUGCGCUCAAAAGAACUUUGAACCCUUUGUGUGUCGCUUUUACUUGUCGGCAUUGUUUCAGCCAAAGUUUUGUUGUGACGAGGGAGAACUCAAACGUGUCCAAGUGUGACAUUUUGGUUAAUGAGCAACCUGAGGUGAGACAACUUCAGUGUUUCUUCCUGCUAACAUUCUUGUGCUUCUCUAAGAAAUAAGUCAACGUGACACAAAAUGGCGGCACAGGGAAGUAACUGUGUAAACGCCACAAAUUAUUUUACGGAACUAAAUAUCAAACAAAGAGAUGGAUGUUCAUCCACUUCCACAUUGGAGAACUGACAAGUAGGUCAGAUGAGAGCGUGACACACUUUGGUUGGGCAACUUGGCGUGAAGGCAAUCACAAUCGCGAGUGAGUUGGGUCGCUAGCGCCGCUUCCCGCCGGCUAGCGGCGGCUAACAAGAGAUAAGAUAAACACGACUAGAAGGCCGUUCAGUAUCGUCUUCUUUUGAACGGAAAUGAACCAUAAUUGAGUAACGGCAGCACAGUCAUAAUCAAUCAUUGAUUUAUGAUGAUUAUUAUUAUAUGAUGACAUCAUGUGAACAGUAGCUAAGGAGAAUAGAAUUGCUGAUCAGAUCAGAUUCAGGUGGAGCAUUUGGUUGCUUCAGAGGAAAACAAUCAUCAAGUUUUAGGCAGACUCAUUAGGAACCAAAUCAUUCAAUGAUCAAAAUGGACUCCUCCUCCCUUGAAAGAAGAUAACAAGUUUCUAUUGGGGAGCUUCGGCGCCAUCGAAACCUUCACUCAGCUCGUAAACGCCGACGCUAGAACCCGGAAGGUUCCAUAUGAGGUCAGGAAGUUAACGGGGAUUUCCGCGGCCUUGGAUUUCAUCGUGAAAGAGUCUUUGUGAUGUCACUUUACGAGCGCGCUCAACGAACGUCAAUAAAGAAGGCGUGCGGCGGAGACGUGGCGCCGUUACUUGUUCUCCUCCCUGGUGGCUCGCUCGGCCACCCUCCGGAUACACAGCAGAUGUCCACGCUUGUCAACGCGAUUUGACGAAUGAGUCACCGCAAGAAUGACCUCCUCUUCCCCCUUCUUCUUCAGAAAAAGUCCACGCUGAGCCUUUCAAUGAUGCUCUCUCUUCUGCCAAGCUCUGAUGUCGCUCGCAAAAGGAAUUUGCUUAAUUUCUUUCAUGUUCCCUUCAAAAGUGACCCCGUCUGACACUGAGCUGAAGACUGAAUGCUUUCUUCUACUUCAGACCUAUUUGUGGUCUCCGUUUUGUUUUGUCUCACUCGGGGGAACAUUGAACUGAAGAUGUCAAAACUUUCUCUUCUGUUUGAUAUAUAUCUUUAUCUGAUGCUCCUGACUUCAUUCUACAAAGUUGCAAAUUAGGUUUAAAACCAAAGUCGGCUGUGAUAGGCUACAGCUCCUCCUGACGUCACAACGGUGGAGACGCACCGUCAAAAUGGCAGGAAUACUAUCCGCUUCCAGCAGAGGGCACUGUUUUAGCUUUCAUUUGAGUUUUUGCACUGUACUGGUUACAGUAAUUGAUAGAUGAUACAGAGCAGCGAUUUGUGGGAAACUCAGUUUGACCUUCAAUCUCACCAACUUUCAUCAUCAGGCUUGUGUAACGUUUGUGUCUCUACGUGUGUUUGUGUGUGAGCAAUCGUGUGAUCCAGGAAAUGACCAUAAAUGGUAAGAAGGGUAAUGAGUCACUGGGGACAUUCAUCAUGCAGCUUCAGGAGAAACCUGGCCCAGGUGGAUUUAGGGGUCGGGCUUGGUUAAUUGUUAGUGUGCUGGCAGUUAACGUCUUGCUCAGAGGCCUUCGUGUGAGCGUGUUUGAGGGCUGACAAACAGGUUUCGGGCCCUGACUCAAGAGAGGCGUUUUCUUGGUUGGCCCCGCCUCUUUGAGCGAGGCCAUAUGUAGCCGCUCUUCUCCCGGUCCUCCCCCAUUGAGAAAGUCACUUGGCUCCUCACGCGACAUCACAAGAAACAGUCGAAGAAGCAAAAAAAAGAGCAGACGUCGGCCAUGGUGUCCGCGGGUUUCCAGAUCCUGGGCGCCGCCCUAGGACUGAUCGGUUGGAUCGGUGCCAUUGUGGUGUGCGCGCUGCCCAUGUGGCGCGUGACGGCCUUCAUCGGAAGCAACAUUGUGACGGCGCAGACGUCAUGGGAGGGCGUCUGGAUGAGCUGCGUGGUGCAGAGCACGGGGCAGAUGCAGUGCAAGGUCUACGACUCCAUGCUGGCCCUCAGCUCCGACCUCCAGGCGGCGCGGGCCCUGCUGAUCAUCGCCAUCAUGGUGGGCAUCCUGGCCAUCCUGCUGUCGGUGGCGGGUGGCAAGUGCACCAACUGCGUGAAGGACCCGGCAGCCAAGGUCAAGGUGGGCUUGGCGGGCGGAGUGGUCUUCAUCGUGGCCGGCGUGCUGCUGCUGAUCCCCGUGUGCUGGACGGCGCACACGGUGGUGCGCGACUUCAACAACCCGCUGGUGGCCAGCGCCCAGAAGCGAGAGCUGGGCGCCAUGACGUCCGUGGGCCUGCAACUGUUGGGCGCGUUCCUGGUGAUUGUGGGCUUCUUAGGUGCCAUCUUGACGUGCGCGCUUCCCAUGUGGCGCGUGUCCGCCUUCAUCGGCAGUAACAUCGUGACGGCGCAGGUGUUCUGGGAAGGUUUAUGGAUGAACUGUGUCAAGCAGAGCACCGGACAGAUGCAGUGCAAGGUCUACGACUCUAUGCUGGCGCUGCCCAGCGAUCUGCAAGCAGCGCGCGCCUUGGUGGUGAUCGCCAUCUUGGUGGUGGUCGUGGGACUUCUGCUGGUCGGCGUCGGCGGUAAAUGCACGAACUGCCUGGAGGAGGAAGCAGCCAAGACUCGUGUGGCGGCGGCGGCUGGUGUGCUGUGCGUGCUGGGCGGAGUCUUGCUGAUUAUCCCCGUGUCUUGGUCGGCGCACGUGGUGAUCCGCAACUUCUACAACCCGUUGCUGGGCGACGCGCAGAGGCGGGAGCUGGGUGCCUCGCUCUUCAUCGGCUGGGGAGCCGCUGGCCUGCUGUUCAUCGGAGGGUCGCUUUUCUUGGGAAAGUGCGCCUCCCGCCGGGACGGCAGAUACUCCGUCAAAUACUCUGCGCCCCGCUCUGCCCCUGGUGGGGGCGCUUACGUCUGACCCCUGCGUACGGAC